AUGGAAGCUGGCAGUCCAGAAGAGGAGGACCGCCUGGCCACCGUCCUGCAACAGCAGCACCGACAGCAACAAACUACCCACUACGCUCAUCACCAACUUCAUCGACAACCAAACUUCGAGACGAGUUACGAGUACCACGAGCCCGAUCUCGACCACGACGCCGACGACUACGACCCUUACCGCCACCCGUCCGAACAUUCUUCAGAUACCCGUCAUCACCACUACCUCCCUACGAGCCCUGUAGCGAACGGUUUCCAUCCCCAUCAGACAUUGGAUGCCUCUGCCGCCGACACGGCUGAGGCCUUCGCUGCGGAUGGUCAUGCUCACGACAUCGUAAACCCGGAUGAUUUUUACCGAAGCUAUCGAGGCGGACCGUCGUCAAACCAUCAUCAUCGAACCCUUUCAUCAGACAACGACUACAUGGCGACCUCAGUCUCCCGAGCCCGCGAUAACCCGUCCGUGCGGUCAAACGGCAAUGGCACUAACCCCAAGAACCCGCCUGCGCCUGCAGCCCGAGCUGCACUGCGUCCCUCCCAGCGAUCUGCCUCUGCCCCAAUCGAACCCCCCGUCGGUGCCCCGAGGUCGAACACGAACCGGAAACCUAGCGUCAAGGACCUGACAAAGAGAUUCGACCAGCAGCCUUCAUCGUCGUCGUCGUCCGCCGGUCCCCGGAUUCCUGUUCGAGGUGUCCCGUUACGGCCCAGUAGAUCUGCGACUGCGACGAGUGACAAGUCGACGCCCGGUGUGAAUGGGUCAAUAUCAUACUCCACCUUGAGGACUUCGACGAACCGCGAGCUGACGACAGACUCCAGUCGAGGCACCGCUGCCCGGGGUACACAGAGGACAAAAUUCGUCGCCGAGGACCAGCUGUCAAACAACUCCCAAUCCUUUGCCAGCCGUAUUGCCAAACCGCGAAACCCGCCGUCGGCCACCGGCACCCCCAACGCAUCGAAAUCCAUGACGAACCUCCAGCACAAGUCGCCGACUCUGUCGCCCCCUUCCUCCCCACGAGCGCCAGGCCUGUUGUUUGGCGAGAUCCUCCCUGACCAGCGCGACACUCCAACCGCAGGAUUCGGCAUCGAAGGCUCCGGUGCGCGCCCGCGUAGAACUUCAGAGUCCAGCAUCCACGUCGCUCGGCUACACCAACGCACAAAAUCAGAUCCCGACCUCGAGCCGGCGUCCCCUACUGACUGGUACCGCUCCGCGGCCACACAACCAAACGGCGCGACAGGACGCUCCGCCCAUAACACGAGGAGCCAUGUUCGGGCGCACAGUGACGUUGCUGCGUCAAAAACCGGAUCACCAAUGGUGCGAAAGGCGCUGCCGUCGCGUCCGACGCCAGAAGGCGUGCAUCCCGAGAGGGCUGCGUCGCCGUCGUCGCGCCUCCCUGUCUCGGUUCGAAAGCUGAGCACGCCGAGCGAUUCGACAAGCGCGCCUUCCACGAGAGAAAGCUCCAGGGCCAACUCCCCGUCCACGUUCAAGCGCCCUCCUCCGUCAUCAAGCAAGACACCGCGGACGACGGCGCCCGUCAACCGUGCCAAGACACCAACGACCCGGGCAAAGACACCGACGCAAUCAACGCCUGGUGGACGCAAGCCCGCCCCCAGAGGUCUCAUAACCCCGAAUAACAACACGCGUCUCACAGCGUUUGUGGCAGCGCCGCCGCCCAAACUAUCCCCUCCUCUGCGCAGCUCCCGCCCCCGGCAGUCGGUAUCGACGGCCACGACCGCGAGCUCGCGUCUGAAGGCCGUCGAGAGGGCCAAAUCCCCGCACAAGAAUGCGCCUAGGCAGUCGUCAAAGGCGGAGGAGUCAACGUCCCGGCGGCGGAGGAUAUCCGUCGGGCCCAUCGAUUUCGAGCAGCGACGGGAGCAUAUCCGACUCGCAUAUACUAAGUCUAUUCGCGAUAGCCAGGCUCGGGAUGCGAAACAAGCUGCGAAGCGAAAGAAGGAGCAAGAAGCAGCAGCCGCCAAGGAGAAGGACGAAAUACCCCCGGUGCCCACGAUUGGCCAGGAAUUGCCACAGCUGGAUGACGCGAAUGCGACCGAGAAGAUACCCGACCCGCCCGAGGACGCACCAGCAGAAGCACCCGAGACUCAGCCCGCUGUGGCUCCCGAGGAAGCUGUCGACGAUUCGGAACCGCCGGCCCAGCCUACGCCGUCUGAGCAGCCGCCCCAGUCGUUAACAAUCUCGACAGCAGUGCCACCCGUCGUGUCCAUCGCGGCUCCUCCAUCGCUGGCCAUCGACUCCCCCACACUGGGCAUCCCGGGCAGCUUCCCUGCCCUGAGCCCUCCCGUGGACGAUGUGCCGCAGUCAGCAGUCUCGGCGGCUACGGAGACGACGGAAUUUGACAUUGAGCCCCAGACUCUUCCGCCUAUCCAGUUGGAGACACCUGCACCAACUGGUCUCGGCCUGACGAUUGCUCAAGCUGAUGGCAACCACGAGCAGGCGCAUAUUGAGGAAGUACGCCGUGCGCCAACGCCGGAGAGGGCCGAGUAUCACUACCCGUUCGAGGACGAGCCAGCAGCCGACGACAAGGUCUCGAUCAAAAUCUCGCUGGACCAGACGUCCCCGCAGCCGUCGCCUGAGCCGACUCCCACGAGGAGCGAGUUCGAUGACCCCUCUAUCCCCGGCGCGUUCACCAACUCCCGCCCCAUCUCCGAAGACUAUCAGCCGGUGCCCUUCUCGAGCCCUCCCUACGAGACGACGGUCAAGAUCCUGCGCCGGGAAUCCGAGUAUGACUCUCCGCGCCAAGAGACUGUCCCAUUCCCAAGAAUGGAGUCCUACGACGACGUUGACAGCGGCAGUCAGGUCGACGACAUGGACGAGUCCGUCUGCGAUGUAUCCUACUUUCCAGACCAGGCCGAGACGGAGCUUGCUGAGGCAUCCAGCGAUACGCUUGAGAGGCCAGAGGACUUUUACCACGAUCACCACAAGGACAACGAUUCGUCCCAGCGGGCAUCGACGUGUGAGUCUUCAGACGCGCAAGAGGACCUCCACAAGACGAGCCUCGAGAGCCAGCAAACGCCCGACACCUCUCACAGCUUGAUGGUCCCAUCGAUACACCCGUCUGCGAAUAGAGUCAGCCAGCAAUCCGCGUGGACCGACUUCUCUGUCGAUAGCAACGACCCGCCGCACCACCGGAUCUCGGCUUUCAACGACGUGCUGCCCAUGCCCAAGCCGCCGUACGCUACUGACUCGCUGUAUGCCUCUAGCAGAGACUCGUCCGCUCGUCAAAGCCAGCACUACAGCCCCGAUAUCCCCCCCGCGGAGUUCGCCAACGCUCAGCCCUUGGAGCCCGCGACCACGCAAGCGGAAGCGCAGCCUGCGGCGGAAUCUGGAGAGGCCCAGCCGGUGGGACGAGCUACGAUCCAUCAACUGCCCGAGCUGGACACCGGGGAAGGAUUCUCUGUCCCGUAUCCUGACGCCAGUUACCCCUGGCCUCCAAAGGAACGCAAAGAAUGCAAGUCUGUACCGCGCCCCGAGCAUGAGCCGCCGCCAGUGCCCGCGUCCAAGGCUGGAUACGAUGCGCGACGCACGGCAGUCAGCAGUUUCUACGCCGACACUCUUCCCGGCAGCACCCUGGUCGGCUCUCGUCGUCAAAGUGAGGAGGGAUCACGGCCCGUUUCCACACCGCAUUCCAUCGAUCAUAUGUCCAUCGAGACCAGAGACCAAUCUCUUGGCGGUCAAACCCCGAUAGAGCCGACAUCGACACCACUGAAGGAUGGCCCCACUGGAAAGGAAAGACACCGGCUUGUGCAGCGGCGAAACGUCAUUAAGGAGCUCAUCGACACGGAGGCGGUUUUUGUAAGGGACAUGAACAUCGUGGAGGAGAUCUACAAGGGCACGGCAGAGGCCUGCCCGAGACUCGACGACAAGACGAUCAAGCUCAUCUUCCGCAACACUGACGAAAUCAUCAGCUUCCACACAAACUUUCUGACCCAGCUCAAGGAGGCUGUGGUGUCAGUGUAUGUUCCUCAUGCGCGUCGGUCGCCGCUGCCGAGAGAGGACGCGGCGGCUGCUGCCGAGGGAGCGUCAUCCAACGGCUCCGCUGCUCCUGAACUUAGCGACGACAGGGACAGAGCCACGGCGAUCGGUCCCGUCUUCAAGAAGCACAUUGAGGACAUGAGGGUGGCGCAUGAAGGGUUCCUGAGGAAUAGCGAUCACGCCGCAAAGCGGUUGAUCCAGAUCCAGCAAGAUCCGACGGUCAAGGUAUGGCUGAACGAGUGCAACGAAGUGGCUAAGGACCUCACGGCAGCUUGGGAUCUGGACUCUCUCCUCAUCAAGCCCAUGCAGCGCAUCACGAAAUACCCGACCCUGAUCAUGACGCUCCUGGCACACACUCCUCAGGACCACCCUGACCGAGCGGAGCUCAUCUCGACAAAGGAAGUGUUGGAACUGGCCAUCAUUGAGAUCAACAAGACCAAGAAGAACUUUGAGCUCGUGGGACAAAUCGUCGGCCGCAAGAGGAAGGAGUCUGAUGUCAAGGCCGGCUUUGCUCGAGCUUUUGGCAAGAGGGUGGACAAGCUGCAAGCUGCCAGCUCCAGGAUACCCGAGGAUGCCGUGUACGCAAAGCUGCACGAGAAGUUCGGAGACGACUACCUCCGACUGCAGGUUGUGCUCAGAGAUGUCGAGUUUUACACCCGACAAGUCAGCGCCUACGUCCACGAGUUUUUGCAAUAUCUGUCGUCCAUGGAACUCGUCAUGCGACUCCAACCUGGAAGCUACCCGGAGCUGGAAAGCAAAUGGGUCCAGUUUAACGUGUCCAUGAGGGAUAUUGAGAAGGUUGCCCUUGAAGAACAUCUCCAACAAGUGAGAAAGCAUGUUAUCGAGCCAUUCGAGCAUGUCAUCAAAGCAUACGGCAACCCAUCCCUCGCGAUGAAGAAGCGCUCGAAGCGCCGCCUCGAUUUCGAGCGGUCCGAGCAGCUCAAGAAGGGCGGCAAGACGGUCGACGCUAGGCUUAAGGAGCUGGUGGAGCAGUAUGACGCCCUGAACGAGACCUUGAAGAAGGAGCUGCCACAGCUGUCGGCCUUGACCGAGAAGAUUGGCAACAUUUGUCUGGGUAACUUUGUCAACAUUCAAGCCAACUGGUACUCGAUCUGGGUGGAGAAGGUCAAGAAGGUCACCGGAGAGACGGGCCCGCCGCCCGAGGUUGCAGACAUUGUUGCGCAGUUCCAGCGCGACUACAAGUACGCCCAGGAGAUGUUCACUAACAUUGGCAUUCUCAACCCGGCAUACAAGGGCAGAACGUCACAGUCGACCACGGCAAGCACCGACGACGUCACCGCCACGUCGAAGCUCCGACCACGGCCCGCCGAGCUCUCCCCCCGGCCCAGAGGCCUGUCAGUGAACGGCGACCAUGCCCCGAUGCUGCCCACCCCGGACUUUGCAAAGCGCCACAGCGGGCAGUUCACCCUGUCGCCAUCAACCACUCCGCUCAGCCCGCACCAGUUCUACUACCGAGACUACUACACAGGUGCCAAUGGCCACCGACCGUCGGUGGCACCAUCUCCGGUCACGGGAGACCAGUCUCCGGUGCCUCGCCCUAAUAUCCCUCCUUCGUUGACGCGGCCUGGAACAGGCAAGAGUUUCGAGUCCAAUGGCCUUCCCCGACAGAGCUCUGAAUCUACAGUGCACACGAGGAGAGACUCAAAUCCCGCUCAUCAGACCCCCCAGCACGCAGGUGGCGAGUCGCGCCGGUUCUCUGGCCUAUUCCACUCAGCACUCCCCAUGCCAGACGGCACCGAGGAGAGCCAGAGAUCGUCCAGAGCAUCGUCCCGAGAGCGGGUGCCAGCAGGCAACGGCUAUAAUGUGCUCUGGCUAGCAGCGUCAUUGUUCGAGUUCAAUAUUGAAACCACAAAGCAUGAGGCUGGGUACCCCUAUCUCACGUACCAAGCUGGCGAGAUCUUUGAUGUCAUUGCCGAAAAGGGUGAGCUGUGGCUUGCCAAGAACCAAGACGAUCCUGAUGACCAAGUUGGUUGGAUUUGGUCCAAGCACUUUGCGAAACUGGCCGAUUCCUAG